CAUAGACCUACAAGGAGUAAAAUCAGAGAAACUGAUCAUUUUAAGCGGCCUCUUAAUUUUUUCCAGAGCUGCGUAUAAAGUCUCAAUUUCCAUUUAUAUUGCUGAAAAAGGUGUCCCGAUGGAAACUUGGUUGGGUCCUGCCUGCCUUGUCCAGAUGAGGGUGGGUUUGUUGAAGCAGGUGUAUGACGGAGUCUUCACCUCCAUCUCCACGGCGAUAAGGAACCUGCAGCAGGUCCUGAUGUGAGCUUGUUUGCUCACUCCGGUGGGCCAACAAAGGUUAGGGAACAUUAGUGGCUCUAAAUGAGUUUUAUUUAGCUGGUCCGAGGGGGAAAACGGCUUUUUGGGUCGUAAAGGUUGCACACCUCUGGGUUACACAAUCAUGCAUGCUCACAUGGCUUUAACUAGUAGAUUAUAGGCUGCAGCCUCCAGGCAGAGGUUCAUAUUUGGUCUGUUUUCAGUAACUGAUGAAGAAAGGGCGACGGUCAAAUAUUGGAUUGUAGCAGAACAAAACCCUCAAGUUUGACCGGUUAAAAAAAAAGAAAAAAAAAGUGACCUUCAGACUCUCCGUCUGUCUUUCCCUCCCUAGUACCAUUUUUAACUUCAAUCUUAAAAGAUGGUAUACCUUCCUAAAAGAAGCUUACUUGGUUCAAGUUUUGUUGUUCCUUAAGUCAAACACCGAGAAGAAGGCGCGGCUGCAACCCAAUCAACUCUCAGAUGAAUCCCGCCAGACAGCUGCUUUCCUCCGCAGACGCUUUGGAGGCUCAAGAGCCGAGAGCGUCAACAGAGACAAAAUGAGAAACGCGAGCAGCUAAAGUGGAGCGGCUUUGUUUACCUUAUGGGAACAAGAAAGCAGACUGUGCUCGGAAGCAGGCAGGAUGUGGAAAAUCUCGUCUCUUGCUUCCCCUCCUCUUCUUUCUUCUGGUUGCACAACUCGGCGCCGACAGGAGCGUCAUUCCUGCUGCUGCACUCCUCUGUACUACUAGUCGCUUUGACCUUGCUCACACACACACACACACACACGUCUGAGCUUCACAGCCGACAGGAAUGGGACUGAGGAGAGCGAUUGUUCUGGUUGCGUUGAUGGAGGUGACAUGGAGCCUCAACGUGACGAUAAUCGGACCUGAAACGGUUUCCACGGACGCCGCGGCUCAUCCGGAGCCGGCCGAGGAGAACACAGAGCAGAAAGAAGCAGCGGAGGAGGAUGUGAUGGCGACAGGUGAGCUGAACCCCAACCACUACCCCGCCCAGCGGGCCGCCAAGGUGGUCCAGCACUACCUCAACACGCGCCACGGCUCCCCUUACAAGCUGUUUGGACUGAAGGAGGUCCACAGCGGCAACGCGGAGGAAGUGGCAGACUCUGGCAGAAAGUACCAGCUGGAGAUAUCGGUACACGAGAUCAUCAGCAACACUAAAGAGAGAUGCUCCGCCGAGGUUUUCUUUCCGAGCGGAGCAAAGCAGCUCUCACCUCAAGUCCAGGUCUCCUCGUGCGAGGAGAUGUUGAAGCGUGAUGCUAAAUCUGAAGAAGAGGCCUUGUACCAGCAGUACAAGACCAACAAAACCGUCCGCACUGAAAAGCGCCUACCGGACAGCUAUGGUCACAUCGACCCAGAGAUGACUCCUUUCUGGCACCUGAGCAUCGUGGCCUCCAGCUUCAUUAUGCUGAAGGAGUCAACAGAAAACACUCUGUACAACAUGGCUCAGGUGGCCAACAUCACUCAGCUGGCAACAGAGAAUGACCAGCUGAAGUUUGACUGUCACAUUCUGCUGCAUGACAUGGUGUCUCAGGAAAUUCCUCAGUGGAAGCUGCUGUUCACCUGGUCUCCAGCAGAGGGCGUGAAGGUGCUGCACACGGAGCAGCUGCCCCACGUUCACGAAAGUGAAAAACAAGCAAAACCAAACUGAUCUGCUGCUGUUUUCUAAGCUGAGAUUGCAACACUUUGUAGUCAGUUAUUUCUCUGUAGACGUGCUGCAAUAUCUGAAGCAAGAUUAGCCGUUUUUCUUUCUUUUUUUUCCCCCCGGCAUCUACAGCCGUUUAAGAAAAAGAAGCUGGAGUUUAUACUCAAUAAAGUGUUUAAAGGUUUGGCUCGUGCUUUGAACUGCUUGCGUGGAUUAGGAGGCUG